AAAAACCAAUAAUCUGAAAUAUUAACGCAAAUAAAUCGAGAAGUCUACUACUAAAAUUUGGUGUUAAGUGUUAAAGUAAAUGAAUUUAAUCUACCUUGCUUUCGUUAAAUAUCGUUCAAUUUUUUGAGCACGACGACUUAACAAACGCUUCUGUUUAUUCAGGCCCGCCGCCCGCCUUCCCGAUUUCCCGUGAACUUGCGUUUUUUGUUAUUGGGUGGUGUUGUCAUUGCCCCCAACCAAAAUUUUGGCACAGAAAAAAAAAAAUCGAAACUCCCGCAUUGUGAGGCACUGGGUGAUAGAAUAGGAACAAACAUACAAUCAAGUUAAAGAAAAAUAAAUGUAGUUUUUGAAAAAAAAGAAUAAAUAAAUAAGCAAUACUUAUAAAUUUUAUAUAACGCAGAAAUUCAACUUGUAACCAAGCCUUGACAAUAACAAUUUCCCAAAUGCUGAGCAAUUAAAAUACAAUCAAUAGAAAAUAAAAAUAUACAUAAACAAAACAAAUGUAAUCUAAAAAAAACACGCUCCUACACAUACAGACCCAUUUCUAUAGCAUGCAAGGCCUAAAAUAGAUCAGUCUAGACGUGGGAGAAUAAUCUCCGCAUCGCAAACAAUUCAGUAGCUGUUUUAUAUAUUUUGUGUCACAGUGCAGCAGUAACAGUAAAAUAAAACAGCCACGGCAGCAGCAACACCAAGCAGCAGCGGUAAAAUUAAUAAUAAAAACAACAGAAAAUAAUUAACGUAAGACGAAGCAAUCAUAAAGCAAACGAAGACAGCGACAACGUGUGUGAAAACAGUGCGUGCAUAUUUCUUUCUUAUUUAUAUUUUAGACUUGCCGAAAAAAACACUGCACUACACCCAUAAACAUACACACGUACAUACAUAUGUAUAUGUCCUACUUAAAAUGUAAACAACUACAGUUAAUACAUUGAACGACAAAAACUGAUGAGCCAUGCAAAAUGGUUAUAACUUAACAUUGAUAAUCAACAAUAUUUCGCAACAAUUUGAAAUUGCUCCUCAAUUUAUAAAAGCUAGCCCCAUAACGAGGCAGGACAACUAACUACAAUACAAGCAUCAGGAAGGGAGCAGCUUAAGCUGCUAAUCGAGUCAUAUACGGGCAGGCUAAUAUCAUAAAUCAUUGUCAAUUUUCGCGUGCAAGGACAACAACUGCAACUCAUCGACGCCAUUGCGAUUGAGUAACCAAACCAACGAAUAUUAAUCAUACGCAGUGUAAACCGCAUUAACACAACUGCCGUCGAUAUGUUUGCGAAAGAGCCGCACAAUGUGGGCAUUUGACACGCGUAGAAAAACAGAUAAAUAGUCGGUUGAUUGGACUGUAGAGACAUUUUGGCAGCGUUAUCCUUGCCACAAAAUUAACCAUUAAACGUGUUCUUUUUUUGUUUGCUUAUUUUCUUUGUGUUUUGUACCAUUUGUUGGUUAUUCAGUGUUCAGUGUUCAAUUGAUGAAACCACAAAAUUAUUGUAUUCGGUGAACAUAAUUAAGUAUAUUCGUGCCGCAUGUGGCUGCCAACGCUGUCACAUAUAAAGCCAACGCCCAUUGGCAACAACAGCAACAAAUAUAAAAAAAAUAAAGCGACAUCCUUUGAUAACCUGAACAGCUGCCUGGUGCAGUCGUCAACUAUUGCUCAAUUAAUUUUUCGCUGGUCUGUGAUAAAUACGUUAACAUUCUUAAUGAAUGUCAUUCGGUUAAAGUCACUUUAUCGUACAACUAAAACGACAACAGCAACAAAAACAAAAUCCACACACCACACCACCAUACAAAAGCAGACGCAGCAUCGUAGCAACAAUAAUAAUAACAAGAGUUACGGGAAAUCAACUUCAUCACCAGCAUUGGCAACGCUUGAGGCAUCUUUUGCAGCGACCAGCGUCAACAAGAGCAGCAACAACAACCCGCGCACUUACAACAACAGCAGCAAAUCAAAUAAAGUGUUCCUCCAUUACAUACCCCGCGAUCCGCGUCUAAGAAUUUUCAAUAAAACCGUCACGCUGAAUAAACACUUUGGCCAUCGCCAUCGCCAUCGCACUUUAAGCGAAUUGAAUAUAACUGAAGAUUUGUGUAAUUAUGGUGAAUUAAUUGGUGGCAGUGAGAAUCAAUUGAAACUUAAGGGCCAAGCUAAAAUUGCGGAAAUAACUAAGCUGAAAUUCAAUUGAAAAAGUGUUGCUCGACUCUUUUUUGUGAUUUCAAGUUCAUGUGUGAUAGAAGGUGAAUAUUGUUGCUGGUUUGCCAUCUCCUGGCAUCUCAAAAUUUACUCCAAAGUCGCACAUUUGGCUAAGCUACGCACGGCAGUCGUCAAUUACCAAGAGCGGAAGUUAUUGGAAAACGGCAGCUUAAGGAUCGCUUUUCAUAUACAUACAUAUAUACUAUAUAUCGUAGAGUAACGAAUACUCAUAUAAUCCCUACAACCUACCGCUAUUUAAAUUGCUGAAAAGAAAAACUAUUGUGUUCAGUUCGUUUGGAAAAAUUUGAGCCGUUGUAAAGUGCCGAAAAUUGUAACCUACACGUAGGACCCCAAUACACAAUGGCGAAAAUAACUAGCAGCAACAGCACGAGCAACAAUAAUAUUGCUGCCGUUGCUAACAACAAUCAUAGCAGUGUUAUAAACAAUCAUAACAUUCAAGAGGAUAGUGGCAGCAGUAGCAUUAAACAAAAUGGCAAUCUGAUUUAUCGGUCACAUAGCCGUGAUAAUGUGACGCCAGCACCCGCAAAUACGCCUCUGAAUAGAGCGAUCAAGCAUGAUCUGUUCCCAGAGGUCACUUUCUGUAAUCUAUCGGUCGAGAAUCUGCACGACGGCACCCACAAUCGCACCGUCCGGAACAGCAUAAUCGCCGUAGAUGGCGAUAACACCAUGACUUGCCUUAUUAGCGGAACUAGCAAUCAGCCGCCGGUGAAGAAGCGAACGCGUCUGAUCUCUAACGAAUCGGGCGAUUCCAUUGACUCUAGCUCGACGGAGAAGAAAAUACCCAAAAUGCCCGACGGAGGCUAUGGUUGGGUGGUGGUCUUUGCCUCACUGGUGGUCUCACUGAUUGCCGAUGGCCUCUCCUUCUCCUUUGGUCUGAUUCACACGGAGCUCUUGAGUUACUUUGGCGAGUCGCCUUCAAAGACGGCCUGGAUUAGUUCGCUCUUCUUUUCUGUGCCUCUGCUCAUGGGUCCGAUUUGGUCAAAUCUGGUGGACAAAUAUGGCUGUCGCAAGAUGACCAUCAUUGGCGGUAUGGUGUCCGCCUUCGGCUUUGCCCUUUCGUCCUUUUGUAACUCCAUUGAAAUGUUAAUGUUCACGUUCGGCAUUAUAUCGGGCCUGGGCCUAGGAAUUGGAUAUGUCACGGCUGUCGUCUCGAUUGCCUUUUGGUUCGAUAAGAAGCGCACCUUUGCCACGGGCAUUGGUGCAUCCGGUACUGGUAUUGGAACCUUUCUCUAUGCCCGUUUAACUCAAUAUCUAAUCGAUUCGUAUGGCUGGCGAGGAGCUACUCUUAUCCUUGGCGGCACCAUGUUGAAUGCCUGCGUUUGUGGCGCUCUCAUGCGCGAUCCGGACUGGCUUAUCGAGGAGAAUCGCUUGGAGAGCCGUUCUCAGAGUGUCACCACAUUUUCCAAUUCGAGCGUUUGCUUGGAGGAGAUCAAGAAACUGCUCGACACGGGCAUUACCAAAGAAGCCGUGCUCGAUACUCUGGUUACCAAAAAUAAUACGGAGGCCAAUCAGCAAAUAGAAGAUCCCCUGGACUCAAUCCUCAAACGCUACCGCAGCGAAAUUUUCCUUCCUACCUAUCUGAGUGCCCAAGAGCUGGACAGUAUAUGUGAGGCGAAGAGUAUCAGUCGUCGGUCGUUGCGCCACAGGGAGGGUGCCGAGGCACCGUCACGCGAUAAUCUGUUAUCCAUGUCAUCGGGUACGCCUUAUCCACCCACCACAGCCAUUAUUGGUUCCCCGGACGACACCAUGAUGGGUGGCAUUGCGGAUGCAGCCAUGGAGACAGCUAAAAAAACGUAUCUGGCCUCAAUCGAGACUCUGUCGCCGUCAGAAAAGCGCACCACGGGGGCAAACUCACCAAAUGCAUCGAUGCGCUCCUCCGAUGAGGGUUACCUCACUCAGAAACAUAACGAGCCAACGCCACAUGCUAACUCCCGUUUCUCCCUCAAUGAAAAUCUUUUUAUGGCCCACCACACGACCCCCUCUCUUUCAAAUCUAAAGGUGAACGGCCUGCGCCACAACUCGGUAGACAUACUGAGCGAUGACAUGCACUGCUACUACAUGUCCAUGAAGGAUGAGACAUUUGCACUGCUCGAUAAGGGCCAGGAGCGAGGUCCAACCGUGAUUCCCAUACCUGAGCAACCACUGACCAGCGAACAGGCGAUACGACGUGCCCGUUUGGAUAGCAUAACCGGCAUACGUCGUCUUUCGAAAUCCAAGAAACCAGGACACCGCUCGAACCUAAGGCGUAACAUUUCAAUAAGGAACUCCAAUUUCCUGAAGGACAUGCGGAUACAUCGUAACUCCAUCCAUUAUCGUGGAGCCAUGCUCAACACACAUCGCUACCGACUUCGCGCUUCCUCGUGCCCAAACAUCUAUCGCAACUCAAUGACCACUAUAGCCAAGGAGGAGGAAGAUACCUGGUAUGAUAAUCUCAUGGACACCAUGAAAUCUGUGUUUGAUUUCUCGCUCUUUUUGGAUUUGAAAUUCGCGCUGUUCAAUCUGUCAACGUUGUUUUUGUUUAUUUGGUUCAUUAUACCCUAUCUUUAUUUACCUGAAUAUAUGAAGCAAUACGGUUAUGAGGUCAACGUGAGCGCCGUAAUGAUUUCGGCGAUUGGCAUCGCUCAGACAAUAGGCAUGAUCGGGUUGGGGUACUUGGGCGAUCAUGCGUGGAUGAAUAUCAACAUAUGCUACUCCCUCUGUAUGCUGGUCUGUGGCGUUUCCGUGUUCUUUAUGCCGCUACUUUUGACCAGCUACAAUGGUUUAAUGACGAUGUGUGUCAUAUUCGGGUUCACAUUUGCCAGCUCGUUUUCGUUUACGCCCAGUAUACUGGUCAGUAUUGUUGAUUUGGAUGAUUUCACCUGUGCCUACGGAUUGGUUCUCUUGGUGCAAGGCGUGGGAAUGAUUGUUGGACCGCCCAUAGCAGGCGCCAUUUAUGAGUAUACGCUCAGAUGGGACGACUCUUUCUAUUAUGCGGGCAUAUUUAUAGCACUCUCCGGCGUCUGUUCGUAUAUGAUUGAAUUCUGUGAGAAGAAAGCAACUAAGGAGAGUGAUAGUGAUGUCUUAGAGACUAAAAAAGCUCAACUUUUACAUUAGUUUUCUAAUUGUUAAGUGCUAUAACUGAAACUGAUAAAGUAAUGUGUGCAGCAACAGUGCUAAAUAUAUAUACAACAAAAAUUGUAGUACAUGUACUUUCAAACUGUUCCGAUUCGAUGGAAUUUAGCAUUCAAUGUUAAGCAAACGAACUUUCUUUUGUCAAAUGCUGUUGCAGCUCUAAAUGGAAUACAACUUCACGAAAGAUGAUAAUAGUAACAAAUUGCUAAAUGUGCUAUUUAUUAGUGCAUAGAAUAGUCUGUGUAAGCUAGAUUCGACUACAAAACUGCAUAGUUUUAGUUUAAUGUUAAUCGUAAUCGUAAUAGGACAACAAGCAAAAUUGUAACUGGCAAUAAAGCAGAAUACAUACGAGUAAAAACCAA